AACAGCACGAACGUGCACAGACUCGCGUUUUUGUCUGAGGUCCGGACUGCUUGUGGGUAGGUCACGUCCAGACUUACCUCUGAGGGUAGAGCAAGUCAGUGACUGAGGACUCGAAACGUAGAACAGAAGAUGGCGUUAAAGGCGACCAGACGAGUUUUGGCGGUCGUUGUUCUGAUUAUCUUGGUGCAGGAGACAACUACGUCUAAGGAUGAGGUUGCCAACGAAACCAACGCUGAGAAAAUAGACCGACUGCUUCGAGAGAUAGAAGAAUAUGAAGAGUUUGGGGUUCAAGGAGAAAGUGCUCAGGACGCGCGAGGAAGGAGCGGAAGGGGCGGAAGGAAAAAAACGAAGACACAACAAGGCAGUCUGGAGCGCCGCCAGCUGUCCUUCCCGGCACCCCCCACCACCAAGAACUUCGUCGAGCUGCCGGGGAUGUCCGAAGAUCUCCGAAGCUUCACCAUCUGUCUGCACAUGCGCACUGAGUCUGACGGUGGAAGCGCCCUUUUCACCUACUAUGACAAGAACGGCGCCGAACAAAUAUCACUUUACAGCGAUGAGAGAAGGACCAAGUACAAGCUGAGAAUCAAUGCCAAGCACCACGGUCAAGAGAAGGUGGACCUGAAGAAUCUAGACGGAAAGUGGCACGUCAUUUGCGCGCUGUGGGAGGGGAAACACGGAAGCUACGAGAUUUGGAGUGAUGGGAAAAUGAGGGUGUCUGGAGAAGGGCUGGACGAAGACUUCCAAAUCAGCGGAGGCGGGACGUUCGUUCUCGGUCAGGGCGGAGACAAGAAGGGUAAAUUUGACGAUGACGCCGCCUUCAGCGGUGACAUCAGUCACUUUAACGUGUGGGACGAGUGGCUGGAGAAGGCUGACCUUAAGAGCAGGGAGAAGUCAUGCAAGCUGGAAGGGAACGUCAUCAACUGGAACGCCGGGGACAUCAAACUCACCGUGAACGGGAAGAUUCUUAUCGACAAGUUCACCUGUAUGUGGAAGCGGGAGCUCCCAGGCGACGAAAUGGACCCGCUGACUGAACAGGCUGAGAAGGACAAGAAGAAAUGAGCGGGACAGGAAAGGAACGGCGUUGAAGAUCUAUUCUAGUGAUGAGCAUAGACUUGGGUGGUAUAAGCUGAUAGCAAGAAAGCUACAAUAGUAAUUACAGUUAGCGUAUAUAUUUGAUACCACUAAAUAUCUAUCCCUGUGGUUUUUAAGUACCAUGAAAUAGAAUAUUUCGUACUGCGUUGCCUAGUGUUAUCAGGUUUACAGGUUUUAACAAUUUAGAUAAAGACUUUUUACAUCAUAGAUUAAUUAAUAUCAUCAUAUAUCCAGAUUGCAAUCAACCGGACAAAUUACAAGAGCGCGCUUCUGUUACUAAUGCAUGUAUGUAUGGCCGGGUAUACCAGCCAGUAUUUCCUAGCCGGUUUAGUAAUGGACAUUCGAUGGGGGGGCCGGGAGGGGAUGUUUUGAAAAUGAUUUGUAAUGACAUAAUUCGAUGACAAGAAAAUACCUACGAUAAGCUGAUAUUAUAGUUCUUAUGUCACCAUAUAAAUCCGUCAAAUGACAUUAACCAUUACAUUUAAGACUAUUGAAUGUUAGCUUUUCGGUGAAUUAGGAAAAUACUAUGUGGUGAUAGAAUAAGAACUGCUGGCCUGCUCGAAUUGAUAGCAUCAAAAUGCGGUACUGUUAGAAUUUAUUGGACGCGACUGAACAUAUUUUGUUGUUGAUCACCAAAUGUAAUGGCAUAUGUUUGUAACAGAUCUAGAAGACGAAAACAUAGGUUUGCUCGUUUCAUGGUCCGUGCAGCUGCAAGACAUGAAU